CAUUUCUCCCUCACUGUACUCAUCGCACCGGACAACUGACAGAAGAAGAAGACAAACAGAGUGUCGGCAAUUUUUUCAAUCCAAACAAACCCCCACGUUCCUGAAAUAUCACUCGUCAUUUCUUAAAAGGAGGGUUUUGGAUAUGAAUUUAUGAGGUGAAAGUAGAAUAAUUGAGUGUCCACUCAUCAUCUUAUGGCGGAGACAAACUUUAUCAAGAUGGCGGCAACAUCUGUGUUAUGGGUUUUGAUUCUUUUGUUCAUGGUUGCACCAAAUUGUUAUGGCCGUAGAACGAGAAUUUCAAAGAAGGAACUUGAAAUUCAUGAACAUCUCAAGAAAUUCAAUAAGCCUCCUCUUAAAUCCAUCAAGAGCCCAGAUGGAGAUAUAAUAGAUUGUGUUCAUAUUUCUAAUCAGCCUGCUUUUGAUCAUCCACUUCUCCAGAACCACAAAAUUCAGUUAAGGCCAAAUAAUCAUCCAGAAGGAUUAUUGCGAAAGAAUGAAGCUGUAAUUACCAAUUCAAUAAGUCAGCUAUGGCAGUUAAAAGGGAAUUGCCCAGAAGGGACAAUACCAGUGAGAAGAACCAAGAGAAGUGAUGUAAUCAGGGCAAGCUCUAUCAAGAAUUAUGGAAAGAAGAAGAAGAAGAAGCAUAAAGUUUCUGCAAAAUUUUCUGCACCAAAUACUCUCAUCACUCUGACUGGUCACCAGCAUGCAAUAGCAUAUGUUGAAGGAGAUGAAUAUUAUGGGGCAAAGGCUACAAUGAAUGUAUGGGGACCUGAUAUUCAACAACCAAAUGAAUUCAGCUUGUCUCAGCUUUGGAUAUUGGCUGGUUCUUUUGCAUCUGAUCUCAAUAGCAUUGAGGCUGGCUGGCAGGUGAGUCCUGAUUUAUAUGGAGAUAACAACACCAGACUCUUCACAUACUGGACUAGUGAUGCCUAUGAAUCUACUGGUUGCUACAACCUCCUCUGUUCAGGGUUUGUUCAAAUAAACAAUGAAAUAGCAUUGGGGGCUACCAUCUUUCCUAUCUCCUCUUACCAUGGUUCCCAGUAUGACAUCGAUAUUCUCGUUUGGAAGGAUCCAGAUGAGAGCAACUGGUGGAUGCAAUUUGGGGAUGAUCAUGUAAUUGGUUACUGGCCAGGGUUUUUGUUUUCAUACCUGACAGAGAGUGCUUCAAUGAUAGAAUGGGGAGGAGAAGUGGUUAAUUCAGAGUCAGAUGGUGAACACACUACUACCCAAAUGGGGAGUGGACAUUUCCCACAAGAAGGAUUUGGCAAAGCUAGCUACUUCAGAAACAUCCAAAUUGUUGAUUCCAACAAUAACUUCAGGCUCCCUACAGACCUUUCCAUCUUUACAGAGCAGCCCAAAUGCUACGAUGCCCACCUCGGAAAUAGUGGCCCUUGGGGAACCUAUUUCUAUUAUGGAGGUCCUGGAAGAAACCCUAAUUGUCCAUGAAGAAACCCAAAAUGGUGUUUCCUCAGUUCACUGUUGUGCAAUGUUGUGGUGUUUAGUGUAAACUGUAAAAUUGCUUUUAUGUUUAUGUCUAGGUAAGUAGUGUUUUAGUUCAUUUUAACUAUUAUUAUGGGUGAUUUUACUUUUAGGCUUAAAGUUGAUUUUUUAUGACAAUAAUGAAUGUGUGCUUUUUCC